AUGGGUAACUGCGGAGCACGAGCUUUUUCAGACAUUUUUGCGCCCCAUUUUCAGUCCGAUCUCACUUAUCAAUUGCAGGAUUUGACCUCUAGACAGAAAUCGAAAAUGUCGUCUGACUAUCCUCAACUGCCCGUCUCACUAAAGUGGUCCGAAGCAUGCGAAGAAAAUGGCAAACCAAACUACAUCAAGUUUUUGAAUGACCUUGGCAUCACUUGUCUCCAGAGCCCUCCUUGUACUUCCACACGCCGUUUAUGUGGUACUCUGACCCCUAGUGAUAAGCAAAGACACCAGAUUCAUGAGACCGCAUCAGGCAAAAUCGAGCUCAAGGAGUCUGAGCAAAACAGACGCGAACUACAACUUUUGUCAACCAAUCAGGAGCACUGCCACAUCCCGACAAUCUGCCAAGCCGAGGAGACAUCGAGACCAACAAUAAAGGACUCGGAUUCCAGCUUGUCUUCGGGCUUGUUGCUGCAACCGCCACGCCUUAGAAGGGCUUACUUGCUCAUGAAAGAGGCAGAGGAUGCGGUAUCCUGCCUAAUUGGUAAGACGAAAAUAACUGGGCCUCAUCCUAACAGGCCAAACAGCUCAGCAUUGUUUAGAAUUUGGAUUGGACUAUCUCGUUUAGGGGAAUACACUGACUUGUGCCACGAGGGUAAGGGCAACCAGGUCAUUCCAUCUCUUGGCUUCAAAGAAUUGCACUGA